CAGCGCCGCGGCAGGAGGUUUGUCCCUGCGCGCGCGCCGUCCCGCGGCCCCGCGCUGGAGACCCGCGCGGCGGAGAUGGGCGAGACCAUGUCGAAGAGACUGAAGCUGCACCUCGGAGGAGAGGCAGAGAUGGAGGAGCGGGCGUUCGCCAACCCCUUCCCAGACUACGAGGCCGCCGCCUCCGCGGUGCUUGCCGCCGGAGCGACCGAGGAGACGGGCUGUGCUCGUCCCCCGCCCACCACGGACGAGCUCGGCCUCCCCUUUCACAGCGACGGAAAGAUCAUUCAUAAUUUCACAAGGCGGAUCCAGACCAAAAUCAAAGAUCUUCUGCAGCAGAUGGAAGAAGGGCUGAAGACAGCAGAUCCACAUGAUUGCUCUGCCUACACUGGCUGGACAGGCAUAGCCCUUCUGUACCUGCAGUUGUACCGGGUCACAUGUGACCAGACUUACCUGCUCCGGUCCCUGGAUUACGUAAAGAGAACACUUAGGAAUCUGAAUGGCCGCAGGGUCACCUUCCUCUGUGGAGAUGCUGGGCCCCUUGCUGUAGGAGCUGUGAUAUAUCAUAAACUCAAAAGUGAUUGUGAGUCCCAGGAAUGCGUUACAAAACUUUUGCAGCUCCAGAAAGCCAUUGUCUGCCAAGAGUCAGACCUUCCUGAUGAGCUGCUGUAUGGACGGGCAGGUUAUCUGUAUGCCUUAAUGUACCUGAACACAGAGAUCGGGCCAGGCACCGUGUGUGAGUCAGCCAUUAAAGAGGUAGUAAAUGCUAUCAUUGAAUCGGGUAAGACUUUAUCAAGAGAAGAAAGAAAAACUGAGCGCUGCCCCCUGUUAUAUCAGUGGCACAGGAAGCAGUAUGUCGGAGCAGCCCAUGGCAUGGCUGGAAUCUACUAUAUGUUAAUGCAGCCAGCAGCAAAAGUGGACCAUGAAACCUUGACAGAAAUGGUGAAACCCAGUAUUGAUUAUGUGCGCCACAAAAAAUUCCGAUCUGGGAAUUAUCCGUCAUCAUUAAGCAACGAAACCGAUCGCUUGGUCCACUGGUGCCAUGGGGCCCCGGGUGUCAUCCACACGCUCGUGCAGGCAUAUAAGGUUUUUAGGGAGGAGAAAUACUUGAAAGAGGCCAUGGAGUGCAGUGACGUGAUUUGGCAGCGUGGUUUGCUGAGGAAGGGUUACGGGAUCUGCCACGGGACUGCUGGGAACGGCUACUCCUUCCUGUCCCUGUACCAUCUCACGCAGGAUAAGAAGUACCUCUACCGAGCCUGCAAGUUCGCAGAGUGGUGUCUAGAUUAUGGAGCACAUGGGUGCCGCAUUCCUGACAGACCCUACUCCCUCUUUGAAGGCAUGGCUGGCGCCAUUCACUUUCUCUCCGACAUCCUGAGACCAGAGACAGCACAGUUUCCAGCGUUCGAACUUGGCUCUUCGAAGAGGGAUUAAAAGGUGCAAAAAGACAACAAAAAUACCUGUUUGGACCAGAAGCCAUCAGAUUGCUUAGUGCCUGCCACGGAAACAACCAUGAAUCCUGAAAGAGAAAAAAAAAAAAAAAAAAGCAGGCACCUUCACAGGCCCCCUUUUGCUGCAAAGACCCUCAAGUUAGAGCAUGAGUGACGGAAACCAUCCCGUCAGCGUUUUGUGACAGUGUCUCCUCCCUGUGUAGAAUACGACUGUUCACAUCUGGCUUCUCUGCAGUGUCUGCAUGUCUCUCACGUUUACGCUCUCUAGGUGCGAGCCGUUGUGAAUGCAGAGCCCUGUCAUGGAGCCCGGCGCUGGCUGUGCGCGAGUGUGUGGCGGUGGCGGCCACUUUUCUGUGCGUGCUGUGUAAAGUGGGGUGUCUCAUGCUGGCAGAGGAACAGGCAGGGGGUGUCUCUUCUGAAUGUGAAGGAUUAUCUGGGGUGUAGCCUAGUGAUGACAUGUUGUCAGCGUUGCCUGUGGGCUCCUCUCCGACGAGUGUGCGGGAGAGGCCCCAGGAACUGAGGAGAGUCGCAGAUUUCAGGGCAUGUGGAGGGGUGUGGGAGGGCUGUGGGGGCCACAGCUGCACGCCUCCUCUUUGGGUUUUGUGCUCACCUUAGUGUUUUUCAGAAGCCCCAGGGGAGCACUGCAGCUCUGUUGGGGUCCCCGUUCUCAGAAGAGGUUUCAGGUACUUUGUGUAAAGUUUGAAAGGCUCCUGCAGUCCCAGGCAGCCCGCCUCCCGGGAACGGACUUCAUGGUGCCAGGGGCAGCCGGCGGGGAGGCGGCCUGGUGACUGCGUGCUGGCAGUGCUGGAGCGUUUGCCCAGGUGUAUGUUAUUAAAACCGACUGCGCCUCAGUUUCAUCAGCACUGCAGAUGUUACUGUAAGAACGGUGGCUACAACUCCAGAUGGGUAGGAAACAGAAAGAUACUCGAUUGGACCCAUGUCCCCGCAGUUAAGUUUAUUUCAGACUUUUGGUCAAUAUCCAAGUACAAAUUUGGGACGCAUACAUUUCAUGUUUUUUGGUCUACUCUUGGGUGGUAAAGUCAAAAGUACUAGUCUGAAUUUAUAGAUAUCGGGAAACAUAACGAUCUAUCCAAGAAAAUUAGGGUAUCAUCUGUCUGACAUUUUUUAUUUAAAAUAUAUGGGCAGUAAUUUGGAUUAGUUUACCUUCAGUGAUUCUGUCAUGCAGAUUUCAGUUUUAGAAGGGCUUCUGUCAUGAUACACAUGGUCCAGGGCUUUCUAAGUACUCUUGUGAGCUAAGGUGUAUGUCAUGAAAGGCAGUGUGUAGGGCGCUCUGACGGUCUUAGGCUUGUCUGUAGGGGCUUGCCUAAGCAUGGACCAGCCUUAGUUCCCACUCCUUUCAUGAAGGAGGAAGAUCGUUGGUGGAAAAGACAAGCCUCCUUGUCCCUGUGCAGCUCUUGUGGGGCUGGUACCCGAAACACGUGACCUUCGGUUUCUAAGUGAUGCCUCCUGAAUGCGUUGCAGACAUUCUUGCUUCUUAGUCACGAUUGUUUUCUCUCACGGAGGUGGACGACUUCCAUGGGUAUAAAUCCUCACGAUUGUAUUUUAACUGACUGCCAUGCCCCGUGAUGUGAAGGUGGGUGCACUCUCAGGAGCCAGCUGAGGGACCUUAUCCCAGCACUGUCCCAUCCUCCCCACCCACCUCGCCGGAAAACUGCACACCCUACAGAGCUCACUGGGGAGGUUCUGCCUGUGUCCUUUCUCAGGGGCUGCAUGGGAGUCAGCCGGGCUCUGCCAGCCCUCCUCCGCAGGGAGGAGACAGUGGUGGCCCUGCCCCAUCGGGCCAAGUGUCUUGACCAGCAGCAGUGAGGGCAGCUCUUAGUUAUCUGGGUGUCUCCCAGGCACUUACUCACAUGCACAUUUGAAAACACUUGUCUUUCUGGUUGGCACGCUGAGGGAAAGAUAAAGUCUCUGUGGAAUAAAAGAAGGAGAUUUUAUUUACUGGGUUUUUUUAAAGCCAGCUAGGUUGACACCUUCCCACUCACCCACUAGAUACUGGCAGAUGUGCUGCUCUGUGAUUCUGCAUUAACCUACUUUCUUGUGUCUGUUCCGCCACCUGCUGUGUGACAAGAGUUCCGACUCUCAGUCCCUGAAGGCAAAGCAGAAAUGGCAUGUUCUUCACAGGACAGAGACUUACAAAAGUCCGUUUAAUAGUUAAUAAGUGUUUGAAAUAAGAUUUCAGAUCGUCUCCAGUCAUUUCUAGGAUGUGUGUCCACAACUGUGUUUUGCAAAAUGUGUCUAAACUUUA